AUGUUAUAUAUGCCAACCGCAACAUUAGCUACACCGGUUAUUGUUCAAGAAACUCUAACCGUACCAAUACAAACAACAACAACAACACGUUAUUAUAUGUUACCAACAACAACAAUAGCUCCAGUAAUACCACUUCUUAAUACAGCAUUAGUUUAUCCAACAUAUGGUCUUAUAACAAAACCAAUAGAAAAAAUUGAGACGGGAAAAUCUCAAAUUUCUGAUGUUACACAAUCAGUUCAACAUGUCGUACAUCAUCAUCCGUCUCCAUCUCCAACAUGUUCAAUAAAACAUUGUCCUGGUUAUUGUGAAUUAUGUUGUCCAUGGAUAGAACAACCACCUGAACGACAUACACGAUCACGAUCACCUUCACCACCUACACGUGAUCAAGAACGAUAUUCUCGUCGUGAUGAAUAUGAUAGAUCAAAACAUUAUUUAUAUAAAAAUGAAACAAUCGAUGAAAAAAUUGAACGUAUUCGACGUGAAUUAAAUUUAAAUUCAUCUUCAAAACAUGAUAAAUCAACAGAAACAAUUGAUUAUUAUCGUCCAACAACACCAGUAACAAAAAAAACAACAUAUGUUGAACAACCGAUUUCAUAUAAACAACAUUAUAAUCCACCAAAAUCACGUUCACGUUCACGUAGUACAUCAUCACAUAGAGGAUCAUCAUUACCACGUGAACCAUGGCGUUCAACAAAUCAAAAUGAUUAUCCAUGGCGUGAUGCUCAUUUACCAGCAUAUCGUCAAGCAACAUUAAAUCGUUCACAAACACCUGAUAAUGAAUAUCAUCAAUGGAAUGAAACAGCACAUCAACGUAGUCAUUUAAAUACACAAAAUCAAACAUCACAUUGUAAAGAUAAUUAUAUCUAUCGACCAAAAUCAGAAAUUGAAACUCGUAAAUAUUAUAUACAAACAACAGGUAAAAAUCCUGAUUGUGAAGUUCAUCAAGCGUUACAUCAUAAUACAACAUCAUGUUGUGAUAAACAAAAAACAAAUACUGAACAUUCAUUCUAUUCGGAUAUACCAACAACAACAACAACAUUAAAACAAAUGAAUUUAUCAUCAUAUAAUAAUGUAUGUAGAAGUGAUGAUAGUUGUUUACAUAUUGUACCUAAACAUGGUAGUAGUACAUUAGAUCCACCUUAUUUAAAAAUUCUUAAUGCACCUGUAACGUAUCUUCAUUAA